CAACCAAAAACCCUAGAAUCGCAAGCAGGAGCGCCCGGAGGAGCAAGAGCACGAGCACGAGCCAGAGGCGGCAUUUUUUCAUCUAUCUGCGGCCGUAGCGAGCGAGUCCGUCGAAAAUGAAGUUCAACAUCGCAAACCCCACCACUGGGUGCCAGAAGAAGCUCGAAAUCGAUGACGAUACCAAACUCCGAGCAUUUUGGGACAAGAGGAUCUCACAAGAAGUCCAUGGAGAUGCAUUGGGUGACGAGUUCAGGGGCUAUGUAUUCAAAAUAAUGGGAGGCUGUGACAAGCAGGGUUUUCCAAUGAAGCAAGGAGUUUUGACUCCAGGCCGUGUUCGUCUGUUGCUCCACAGAGGAACUGCUUGCUUCCGUGGUUAUGGCAGGAGGAAUGGAGAGCGCCGAAGGAAGUCUGUUCGUGGAUGCAUUGUUAGUCCAGACCUCUCAGUUCUGAACUUGGUUAUUGUUAAGAAAGGUGACAAUGACCUUCCUGGACUAACUGAUGUUGAGAAGCCAAGAAUGAGGGGUCCAAAGAGGGCUUCAAAGAUCCGGAAGCUGUUCAACCUCUCCAAAGAUGAUGACGUUAGGAAGUAUGUCAACACAUACCGUAGAACCUUCACAACCAAGUCCGGCAAGAAGUGCAGCAAAGCUCCCAAGAUUCAGAGGCUAGUGACUCCUUUGACUUUACAAAGGAAGAGAGCAAGGAUUGCAGACAAGAAAAAGAGAAUUGCAAAGGCCAAGUCUGAGGCAGCAGACUAUCAGAAGCUUCUUGCCACUCGCUUGAAGGAGCAGCGUGACCGCCGUAGUGAGAGCUUAGCAAAAAGGAGAUCCAGGCUCUCUGGAGCUUCUAAGCCAUCUGUUGCUGCUUAGGUCUCUGAGAUGCAGUAUGAGCCUUUGGUCGAUGAGUGAGUUUUUUGUGGAUCAUAAUAGAUAGGUUAAGGGGCUUUUUAAUUGUUCUUUAGAUUUCAAGACUUCAUUUGGGUGUUCCAUUGUUCCGAGUAUGAAACACCUUUGAGGUUUUGUUUGCUUAUAACUUUUAAAUGUUUUCUAUUAUAACUUGCGGAUCUGGGUAUCUUUUAAUGUGAGAAUUAAUGUUUUUUGAUCGA